GAGGUGAGUCUUAUUCCUGUUCGCUCUCCUGCCCGUCAACAACAUGGCGAACUGAGCGCUCAGCACCUGCGCUUUUCACAGCUCUGUAUACUUACUUCUCCCCUAGCCUGAUGUACAGUUCCUGAUCAAGAAUCAACCGAUUAGAUUAGAUUUCCGGUGUGUGUUUUGAGGUUGGACCGGUGUAUCGAUGAAACCCUUAGCGGAGCCAUGUAACGAGCAUCAAAAGAAGCGUGGUGAGAAAAGCCCCGGGGAGAUGAUGGCGAGUGACGCGGUACCUGCUGCAAACACAGGAGAGGGUCGAACCCAGAUGAAUGGGUUCUCUGUGCCUCAUGAUGUGAGCAGUCCUGUUUCACAGUCCCAGCAUGCGUCUAGCCUGUCCUCGCCUGUCCAUCAACCACCGGUCAACCUUCCCAGAGGGCAGUGGGGUGGCAAGUAUGAGUUUCUGCUCUCCUGCAUCGGUUACUGCGUUGGCCUGGGAAACGUCUGGAGAUUCCCUUACCUUUGUUACCGGAAUGGUGGAGGUGUGUUUCUCAUCCCUUACUUCAUCAUGCUCUUCUUCACGGGCAUGCCCCUCUUCCUCAUGGAGCUCAGCCUGGGUCAGUACGGAGCCGCAGGCCCCAUCACCGUCUGGAAGUGCUGUCCGCUGCUCAAAGGGAUUGGUAUCGGGAUGCUGUGUGUGUCCACUUUGGUAUGUCUCUACUACAACGUCAUCAUCGCUUGGACGUUUUAUUACCUGGGAAGUUCUUUUCAGAGCCCGCUGCCGUGGUCCUGUUCUGCUAUUGCUAAUGCUGCACUGUGUGGGAACAACACCAACGUCACACAUUCCCUUAGUGCGUCUGAGGUCUUCUGGAAUGAACGUGUCCUGGGCGUGGUCAACAGUCAGGGCUUGGAUGACCCCGGGCCGGUGAGGUGGCCACUUGCUCUGUGUUUGCUGGCCGCCUGGGUCAUCAUUUUCCUCUGCAUACUGAAGGGGAUUCACAGCUCUGGCAAGGUGGUGUACGUGACGGCCACGUUCCCCUACUUUGUCCUGAUCGUUCUGAUCAUCAGAGGGGCCACUUUAGAGGGAUCGCUCCAAGGUGUAGCCUUUUAUCUCACUCCAGUCUGGGAGCGGCUGGCUAACGCACAGGUGUGGAAUGAUGCAGCCUCACAGAUCUUCUACUCACUGGGCAUUGGAGUAGGAGGCCUUCUUUCUAUGGCUUCCUACAAUAAAUUUGACAAUAAUGUCAUCAGGGACACCCUAAUCAUCACCAUAGGCAACUGUGCAACUAGCUUCUUUGCAGGCUUUGCUAUCUUUUCUAUCCUGGGUCACAUGGCCUGGAGGAAGGGUGUGCCUGUGGAACAGGUUGCAGAUACAGGUCCAGGCUUGGCUUUUGUAGCUUAUCCAGAAGCCCUGGCUCUUCUGCCCGGUUCAGUUUUCUGGGCCAUUCUUUUUUUCCUCAUGCUCUUUAUGCUUGGAGUGGACACACUGUUUGGUAAUAUGGAAGGUAUUACCACAGCAGUACUGGAUGAGUUUCCUCAGCUCAGAACCAAUAUGAAGCAGAAGACCAUUUUCUUGGCCUUACUCUGCUUUGGCUUCUACCUCAUGGGCCUGUUACUGGUCACUGAUGGAGGGAUUUACUGGUUCACCCUCAUAGACUCAUUCAGCACCAGUUUUGGUCUCAUCAUCAUCACUCUGUUCAUGUGUCUGGGCAUCUCAUUCUUCUAUGGUGUAAACCAGUUCUGCCAGGACAUAGAGGACAUGAUCCGCCCCUGCCCGUCCUGGUGCACCAAACUGCUGCUCUACUUCAAAGCAUGUUGGGUAUUCUGCACACCCUUCCUGUUACUGUUCAUCCUGACCUACAUCUUCAUCGAGAUGUACAGAACGUCCCUGCAUUACGGCUCGUAUCAGUACCCCACGUGGGGCAAAGGCCUGGGGGUAUGCAUGGGAGUCGUGUGCUGCCUGCAGAUCCCCAUCUGGGCUAUCGUGGCUGUCUGGAAGGAGUCUGGCACCAUGACGGAACGCUUCCAGAAAGCUAUCCGACCGCUGAACUCCUGGCGAGACAACAACCAGAGCAAUGGCAAUCAGGAGCAGAGGGCAGAGCCUGAGAGAGUGGAGGGACCCUACACCGUCAACCUGACCGAUUUGGACUUCACUGCGAUGGCCUGGGAUACGAGUGAAGCGUAACACUGCACCAGUGUGAGGAGGAUGAACUGCACCUUUCUGUUAAAGGGGAUGAAUGUCGAAGCUCACACUGUCUGGGGACCAAAAAUAUGUACUGAAUAUAAAAUGCACGAUCUGUUUAGUGCAUUGACGGUGCCUAUUUCCUUAAAGGAACUCGACAAAGCUGGAAA